AGUUCUGUUUGGUUUCUUUGUGGCCCACAAAAUACCCCUGAUGCAGUCACGUCAUCCUAAAGCGGAGCACCUAAACUUUGCUGCUCUUUUGUAAAAUCUCUUCCUCGUAUGAAAACUGUGGUGAGCCUUAUGGUGAGCUCUUGUCCUGUAGUUAACAGACGGUUGAAGUACAUCAGCCUGGCUGUCCUCGUGGUCCAGAAUGCAUCGCUCAUCCUCAGCAUCCGGUACGUCCGCACGUUGCCAGGCGACCGCUUCUUCACCACGUCGGCCGUGGUGAUGGCGGAGGUCCUGAAGGUCCUGACGUGUCUGGUCAUCAUCCUACUGCAGAAGAGACUAAACGUGAAGGAGACAGUGUACUUCCUGAUCAACGUCAUCGUGGUUCAGUACAAAGACACUCUGAAGCUCGCCGUUCCUUCUCUCAUCUACACUCUGCAGAACAACCUGCAGUACGUGGCCAUCUCCAACCUGCCGGCCGCCACCUUCCAGGUGACCUACCAGCUGAAGAUCCUCACCACGGCUCUGUUCAGCGUGCUCAUGCUCAGGAAGUCUCUGUCCAGAGUUCAGUGGAUUUCUCUGCUGCUGCUGUUUGCCGGCGUCGCCAUCGUGCAGGUGCAGCAGGAGGGCAACAAAGAGGCGUCGGUGAAGGACACCUCCACUCAGAACUACACCGUGGGCUUGGUUGCCGUGGUGAUCAGCUGCUUGUCGUCGGGAUUUGCCGGCGUAUACUUUGAGAAGAUCCUGAAGGGCAGCUCCGCCUCCGUGUGGGUGAGGAAUGUGCAGCUGGGAAUCUUCGGCAUGGUGCUCGGCCUGCUGGGACUGUGGUGGAAUGAUGGCGCCGCCGUUGCCGAGCGUGGCUUCCUGUUUGGGUACACCAGCAUGGUAUGGUGCGUCAUCUUCAACCAGGCGUUCGGUGGGCUGCUGGUGGCCCUGGUGGUGAAGUACGCCGACAACAUCCUCAAGGGCUUCGCCACCUCCUUCUCCAUCAUCGUCUCCACGGUGACGUCCAUCUACCUGUUCGGCUUCCAUGUGGACUUACUCUUCACUGCAGGGGCGGGGCUUGUCAUCGGUGCAGUCUACAUGUACAGCCUCCCCAAAGCGCCUGCCGGCUCGGCGUCCGCAAGCUCCUCCUCCUCCUCAUCUUCCACGUCCGAGAAGACGGACAUAGACGCAGAGAUGGAGGCGUUUCUGCCAAAAGCUCAGGGAGGCGUGUUUCCUCCCUCUGCUGUCCACAUCACAACCUAACUGCUCAAAGCACAACGGCAGCAAGAGGAAGAGAAGGAGGAGGAUGAGGAAGGAGCCGCAGUGUGUCAGAAACCCUCACCACCCUCAGUCUGUUUUCUCCUCCGCGGCGUCUCGCCAGCUCUGCCUUAAAACUCUUUAGUAAAUGAAAAGAGAAUCGCCUUACGCUGAAUAUCGAUCAUAUGUUGAUUAUUGUUGUUGCUGGUGGAGGACAACGGCAACCGUAGUCUGAUGGAAAGUUUUCACUGUGCAGCCCCCGUACAUUUAAAUUCCACCUUAAAACAGGAAAAAGGGACGGUUUCUAUGGGAGCCCGAAGUGUAACUUUGAAUAAGUAAUUUACAUGUUUGUAUACAAAAUGUACAAAGUAGCUUGAAGUGAUGUAAGAACUUUUCAAAUUCAAUACACAUUUUUAACCUCAAGGAAGUUCAGUGAAAAUCACAACAAUUUAAAAUAAAAACGCAGCAUUUGUAAAUAAAAGUCACAGAAAUGGAAGCAGAAUCGGAAAGUUAAAAUUUAGAAAGAUAAAGUGAUAAAAGUGUCAUUAUGAAAUGCAAGGAAGACAAAACUACAACAUUUAAUUAAAUUCAAUCAAAAGGUACAUUAAAAAUUCAACGUUUUGAAAGUUGAAAGUUAUUUAGUCUUAUUUUAUUUUUCUGCAAUAAUCAGAAAUGAACUAAAGUCAUUUGAGCUUUUGGCUCAUUUGUUAUCGUGUGUUGACUAAAAAAGCUAAAUAUGUGGAGAAAUCAUAAAUAACUCUCUGCUUUUGUUAAAACCUGCUUCCUUUUUUGUCUUUAAUUCCCAAAUUGCACAAAUUACCGCCCUUUCCUUUUCUCGGCUGCACAGUGAAAACCUCCGGGGUAAAUCGUUGCUCCUCCGGGUGCGUCUCCGCUGAGGGACUGUUUGUGUUGGUGCCUUUUCUCCUCAUCUGUACAGAAGCCAUACGACUGUGUAAAGUUUGCGGUGUACAGUUACGGGACUGUCCGGGAGGCUUUGCUUUAUCUGCAGCUCCCGUGUCGGCGGGGAAUGUGCUCGUUGAUUGGAGCACCUUUAAAUUACGAUCAUAACGUGAUGUUUGUUUGUUUUCGCCAAAAUGUCCUGCCGCAGGCGUCUUGUUGAAGUAGGCGUCCUGCGGUGGCGUCCUGAAUGUUUUUUCUGCUCCUGUUUGUCUCGAUCGUGUCGAGGCGGUUGUGGGUUUUUAUCUUUGUGUGUGUGUCUGAGCUGCUUCUCGGUGUUUACGUCGUUCAGCUUUGGGAGGAGAGGUUGAGUCGUUUUGGUCUCCUGAUCUCUGCAGCAGGUUAAGAUUCUGUGAUUACAACAAGCUUUGUUUUUCCUCACAUCCACCACCGUCGCCGUGUAGCAGUUUGCCUCUGUUGUUGUUCAUUUAAAUCCUGCCAGCACUCGACGUGACCCCGUCUCUUCACGCUGGCCUGUUUGAGCCCCCGAUUGGACUGAUCGGUCCGUUAACACUCUCCGUUAUCAGCCAAUUACAUUAGCCAUCAAAACAUCUGUGUGGAGAAAAGAAAAGCUCUAAAUUAAGAAGGAGCUGGAAGGAAAGCUAGCUGCUCCAUCUUUAAAGUCUUUAUACAGGCACAGCAUUUACUGAACUACAUUUCAUUUAAAGCAGUUUACAGGUUAUUAUUGAAAAUAUAAAUCUACUAAUAAAUUCUACUAAAAUCUUGUUGAUUAAGCAGCUUAGCAUAAGUUUCCGUGUGAACUGAGAUGGUCUGCACUUCAGGCUCUUGUAACUGCAGCUCGUGACCAACUGCAAGAACUGUUACUGAUGCUUAUAUGAAGCGCUAUUCACUAUAACUGUUUCAGGCUCCACAACACACUAUACAUGUAUGCAGUGGGAUGUGGUUAUGGAUGGAGAUGAUUGAAAGUUGCUGCUCUCAUGAGUCGGAAGCGGAGUCAUGUUAACACCACCCACCACCAGUUUGGGCUGCAGCAGCGCCCCAUUGCUCUCUCUGUGCAGCAGGAAGUGGAUACAAAGGGGAAAGAGACGGAUGCUAGCAUGCGUGGUUCUGUCACGCUCGGCUGUGUCAGAGUAAACACGUAUAACCAAAUGAGACGUGUGGCAGGCCUGUGGAUGCUAACCUGCCUGAGGGGAAGGUGCACUCUGCACAUUAAUCUGGCUUCGUGUGUGUGGUGUUAAAGUGCCACACAUUAACGUCUUGGAUUUGUUGUGCGUUCCUCGCAGCAGAUCUGUAAAAGCUUCUCCCAGUGGAAUAUUUUUCUUGAAAAUGUUGCCAGUUUACACUAAAGAAGUAGUUACAGUUCUCCUCACAUACAGUUAAACAUAAACCACUGAUGUGUAAAGAUGACAAACUCUCAAAUACAAGUUCACUAACUGAACCUCUGAUGUUUUUAUUGUGUCAGAAAAAAACCCCUCAAUUAAACCUAAAGUGGGUUAAAUGUAGCUCACAGUCUGUGAAUAUUAGGAGCUCGAUCAUUUCACGGGAAACUGACCUGAGGACGGAGAAACGCGGAGACACAAACACGAAGCCACAUCUCCCAAAGCAUAAAAAUGAAUUAUUUUUCCGAUUUCUUCUCAUGAUGAUUGAAGGCUCUUUUUCUGUUUCCAGUGUGAGAUUAUCAAAAUCAAACUGUGAAGGGACAAAAAAAUGUUACGUUUAUUUUCAGUUUUUGUAAAACAAGCAAACAAAAACCUCCAGCUGACACUUUCUCUCUGGAAGUCUGAAAUUAAUAUCUAUCAUACAUAAUAAUAUAUAAGCUGUUUUUAUUUAAUGUGGGAAUCUUUGGGGUGGUGAACGAAAGGAAGAGGAAACCCAGCAGGAAGCUUCAGAUUUCAGCCAGAAGAAGCUUUUUGUUCUAAGCUCUUCUUAAUGACAUAAAUUUCUAGUGAAAAUGAGUCCUUUGAGUUCUGUGCGGCUAAUAAAGGAUCAUCUCUGCACUUAUUAAAUGUUAUGAAUUGAUCGUUGUAGAUGAUCAUUUUAAUCUCAAACUGACA